AUGCUUAGAAAAACUUCUUGGGUCCGUGUAUCACGUGACAUCACGCGUGAGUCAAGGGGCAUCUGAGGCUGAGCUGUCAGGUCAGAAAGCUUAUCUCUUCAAACUACCCGGAACACAUAUUUAACUUCAUUAUAAACUUAAUCCUGCUCGUCUCCUGGCAUGGAGCAAGCAAAACAGGAUGCCUUCGACCAAGCAAGACAGGAGGUGAUCAAAGAUGGCUACGAGAGGGCGUUUGAUUGCAUCAAUAAAGCUCUCACGUCGGAUGAGGCAGGGAACAGGGCAGAGGCGCUAAAACUGUAUCAACAAGGACGACAGCACCUCCUCAGGGCACUAAGUGUGCCCACUCAGGGCGUAGAGUGUGUGGGUCAAUCCUGGGAGUCGGCUAGACAGAUGCAGCGUAAGAUGCAAGAGACCCUUAACAACAUCACCACCCGUCUAGCCAUUUUGGAGGCCACCCAGGACCCCUCUGUUGAGACCACGUCUGACGCACCCCCCCAAAAGCUUUACCCUGAUGUCCCGAAACCAAAGCCAGAGAGGCCUGUACCACCACAGGUGCAUGGGGCCGCAGGCGCUGUGGGAGGGCUUCCAUUAGGGGUUCAAGGGUACGCCCCCAUCUCACCCACAGCACAACAUGAUAUCCUAGCUGAACAGCCCCCUGCAUACACCCCACAAGCCGCUGAUGGGCACUUGAGCAUUUCUUAUGGAACAGACUCUGGCGAGCUCUCUCUCGUUGGCGAUGAGUUUUACAGUUACAUGUCUAAUUCUACACCUUCUCCUCAGAGUUUGGGGGAGGAUGGAGAGGAGCUCUUUUACCUUCCUCAAGGGGUGCAGAUCUUUUUCGUUACCCCUGAUGGACUUGUAAGCGCUCCCUCUUACCCAGGGUACCUGCGGAUCGUGAAGUUCACCAGUGAAAGCUCCGAUAGAUUUCCAAACAGGCCACCUGGGUUCCUGCAGGUUUGUGACUGGCUUUACCCUUUAAUGGCCACUGACUCUCCAGUCCUGCUCUGCAGCACAGGGGUCUACAUGUUCCCAGACAUGAUGGCUCCCACCCCCGGCUCCUACGUUGGGGUGGUCCUCUCCUCUGAGCUUCCUCAGAAGGAGCGUGAGCUCUUCCAGGACUUUCUCUCUCAGAUGACUGACCUGCGUGUCCAGGUGAGCUGCCCCUGUGUCCCCUGCAGCCCUACUUCAAUAGCACAGGGGGCAGCUGAGGCAUCCGAGCAGGAAUCAGACGAUGCAGAGGAUACCAUUAACCUGGGCCAGAAGGUACCAAUAAGUCCAGCUGAAGCAGCGCCCUCUGCUGCAGAGGUGGAGAUGGUACUCCCUGAAUGGAGCGAGAAGGUGGCACAGGGAAUUCUGACAGGGGCUUCAUGGUUAAGCUGGGGCCUGGUGAAGGGAGCAGAGUACACUGGAAAAGCCAUACAAAAAGGUGCAUCCAAACUACGAGAACACAUCACGCCAGAAGACAAACCAACUCAUGUCAGCCCAACCCUAACAAGAAGCCUUAAUGUAGCCAAACAAGCCACAGGAGGCGCAGUGAAGGUCAGCCAGUUUCUCGUGGAUGGACUGUGCACUGUCGCUGGCCACGUUGGCCGAGAGUUGGCACCUCAUGUCAAGAAGCACGGAGGAAAGCUUAUCCCAGAGUCUGUAAAGAAAGACAAGGAUGGCCGCUCCAAUAUUGACGGUGCCAUGGUGGUCGCAGCAAGUGGGGUUCAAGGAUUUGCAACAAUGUGGACUGGGUUGGAGGUUGCAGCAAAAAACAUUGCAAAGAGUGUUGCUACAGAGACGGUUACCACAGUAAAACAUAAGUAUGGGGCUGCAGCGGGCCAGGCCACAGAUCACGCCGUCAACUCGGCCAUCAAUGUGGGCGUCACCGCAUUCAAUAUCGACAACCUGGGAGUCAAGGCAAUGGUCAAGAAGACUGGCAAAGAGACCGCCAAUGCCAUUCUGGCAGACUAUAAAGUCAGUGAGCAAGGUAGUGAAGUUGAAAAACAUAAAGACCAAAAAUAGCUCAGAUGAUUCAGACCACUAUCCAUUAGGUGUCCAUUUGUAAGAGCAAACCAAAAGACAUGCUUUCAAAAAUAAAGAACCGGGUGGAUCAUUUUGAUGUUAUUUGUUUACGUGAAUGACUCCAAAGGCUUUAACAAGACCACUGCAGGGUUUAAAUCAAACCAAGACUAGGCCUUAGUUAUACUAGAACAAUUAAGUUGCCUUUACAAACAUUCCCUACAAAAAACAUUACUUGUGUGCACCUUGAGACAAAACAAUUAUAUACUUUUUAAUAUGUCAGUGGAAUCUGUUUUUCAGUUAAAAAAUUUUUUUUAGUCUGGGACUAGCUUAAAGAGUAACUAAACACUAAACCAAUUUUUUUAGUUAAUGAUCUGUAAAAAUGGGGCGUUUUUAGUGCUAUUCAUUUGAUUUGAGUAACGUUUUUGACAUUUGGGUAUAAAGUGUUUCAAUGCUACAAUAUAUGGUGCAAAAACGUCCCUCUUCAGGUUGAACAGUGACUACUGCAGUUAAAUUUUCUUGUUGGAUGUUGUGGUACUGCGUGAUUUAAGCGGUACGACCCUACGUAAGCAGGUUCAAGCUCACUAUGCCCUUGCACGAUUUCAGUUCGUCCCCUCUAUAUCCGUUAGGGUCUGCCCACUUUUCUUGCAUUUUUCAAAUAUCGCCAGUGGGUGGAGUCAGGCAAUGACCAAGGGUUUAGUUACUCUUUAAGGCUUUGAUGCACCGAAUUGUCCUGCUGCCUAUGCGCUGCAUACUUUAUUCACUGUAUCAUAGGGUAAAUGCACUUUAAAAGUUGUCUCUACUGCCGUACAGUUUUUCUGAACUUGCCUUACAUUUCACCAGCAAUUGAAUCCACCAUUUAGCUAAAAAUAUGAAAACAUCCAUAAUUACUGUUAUGCACGUUUUAUUUAUUAUAAAUGGACUUCUAAAGUUGAUAUCCAAAUGUUUACUUUUUCCUUUUGUCCCAUGGAGCCUUAACAAAUAUAAUAUUCUUGUAUUUUAUAUAUAAGUUUAUUUAUUAUUACUAAGCUCUGUUUAUCAUUAUAUUAGAAUGCUAUAGAUCUGCAAUUUGCUUGCAGCACUUCCAAAAAGCCGUUAAACCCUCGGAUAUGAAUAUUUAUUUGGAAGAUGAGUGUCAGGUAUUCAAUUAAUAUAUAAGCAUCCGAACAGUCUGAUUACAAUGUUUAAUAUUUUAAAAUCAGAUAUAGUAGAAAUGCAAUGUAAUUGAAAUCUAAAUCCUUGGUGGAAAAGUUAAAAAAUAAUUAAAUAUAAUAAUUUUAAUAAUAUUUUAAACAACAGAUAGACAUUUCAUACUGACUAUGUUAAACUGUAACACACCAUGUGUGUAUUUGUGUGUAUUACACCAUGUUCAAAUGCUGGUUAGUCGUUCUCCAAGUUCACGGGUUGACACCUCAAGCACUCUUUAAAAUGGCUGGGUAAUUUAUGAUCCAUGUUUGGUAAAAUAUUGGACAAAAGACAUGCUGGGUUAAAGACGACCCAAUGUUGGAUAGUUGUUAUGAAACCAUGGGUUGGGUUAAAACAACCCAGCAUUGGGUCAGUUUUAACCCAGGCUGUGUUCUGUCCAAUAUUUACCCAACAUGGGUCAAAAAUAACCCAGACAUUUUUAGAGUGAAGAUAUUAUUGCAAUUUUAUGUUUUUUUUUUUUAUUAGUUUCAUUACCUGUAUAAUGUAGGCUAAUACUUGUAGACAAUUAUAAUUUUCAAAUGUGAUAACAAAAACAGACAGAACUCUGCACUCUAAAUCUUUAUUGCAGUGUGACUUAUUUAAUUGUAUUUAAAUAAUGUUUAACAAUUAAUGUCAACUGACUGUUGUUUUGCUGACUGUCAGAAUCUAAUAGCCUGUGGUUAUCUGACACAAUAAAAAAUUAUUUAUUUAAA